ACUGCUGGAUCUUUCUAGAUGCAGACCUGGGGGUGGAGCUAGAGUCUCACACACGGAGACUGUGUAGUGUAGAUUGUAUAGUAUCUGUCAACAAUAGAUUAAAUUUCAAAAAUGAGCGAUAACGACAAAGGCCGGGUUAAGGUUGGACGAAGAAAAUACGGAAGAUGUCCACUUUAUUUUCAAUAAUAUGAAGCUCAGAUGUGUGAAGCUGAAUUGUUGAAUGCAUGCUAAAACAUGAGGAGGGAAGAAGUAUGGGCAGUGUGUGAGAGAUGGGGAAGUAAGAAGAAGUAAGACAAUUGAAGAAAGAAGAAUAAUGUCAAGUAAUGAAGUUACAGAAAUGAAGUUAAGGAAGUAAUCUGGAUAAGGUCACUGCGCUAAGUAAAUUUCUGGUCUGUUUGUCAAAUGCGUGCAUGUUCUUCUUAUUCAAUACACACACAUUAGUUUAAAUCAUUGCAAUUUUAUCUCACAACUGACCAUUUUCUUUUUUUCCCCACUAUUUAACAACUUAUUAAUGUAAACAUAUUGAUGUCAUAUUAUCCAUGACUACACAGCACUCCUAUUUCACAACCCUAAAUUCCUGUACUUUUCACAGGAUAGUCUUAAUUUUUAAAUACACAGUAAUAUUUUGGCAAAUGUAUGUGUUGAUCACUUCAUUGGUGCUGAUAAAAAAAUGUGUGUGGUUCGUUCAGGAGUCUCGCUCUGCAUCCAGGAGCGUGAGCCCACGGGGCUCUGGGAAGUCGGGGAGCCAGUCCCCAGCUCAAUCCCCUGCCCACUCAAAAGGAGGCUCCCACUGCUCCCGCUCCAAAUCUCGGUCAAGGUCAAAAUCUUGGUCACAUUCCCACCGCUCACGGAGACACUACAGCCGAUCCCGCUCCCGAUCACGGUCCUAUCAUCACCGAUCUCACAGUAGGUCCUACAGCGGAGAGCGUCGGCGCAGAAGCCACAGCCAUUCACCCAUGUCCAAUCGUCGGAGGCACAUUGGCAACCGUGCUAAUCCAGAUCCGAAUUGCUGCCUGGGAGUCUUUGGCCUGAGCUUGUACACCACAGAGAGGGAUCUGAGGGACGUCUUCUCCAAAUACGGCCCCCUGGAGGAUGUUUCCAUUGUGUAUGACCAGCAAUCGAGGCGCUCCAGGGGCUUUGCUUUUGUGUAUUUCGAGAACACAGAUGAUGCCAAAGAGGCGAAGGAGCGAGCCAAUGGCAUGGAGCUGGACGGGCGUACAAUCAGGGUGGACUUCUCCAUCACAAAAAGACCUCACACCCCAACACCUGGAAUUUACAUGGGCCGGCCCACAUACGGAGGAGGCGGCCCAAGCGGUCCCCGACGCUAUUCACGUGACUACGACCGUGGUUACGACCGUGGAUACGACCGUGGAUAUGACCGAGGUGGAUACGACCGCUAUGAUGACAGGGACUACUACAGAUCAUACAGAAGGCGAUCUCCUUCACCUUACUACAGAGGCGCUUACAGGUCUCGAUCGAGGUCACGGUCUUAUUCUCCCCGUCGAUAUUGAAGGCUUCUGUCCCCUUAUCUUCCCAAACGUGCAGAAUUUUUUUGUUUGUUUUUUUUGUGGGGGGUUGUUACGUUUUGUAAAGACAGAUAUGAUUGACUUCAGAGUACAUCUUUCUUACUGUAAUCAUCAAACAUCUUUUUGCUUAAAAUACAAAAGUAUAGUAAAUUUAUGAAGCGGUGCAUUCAUGUUUUGAACGCCUGUUGUAAAUGUUAUACUCAUGUCAGAUUUUUGUUGUAUAGUGGAGCAGAUUAAAAAGCAGAUCUGUUUUUCCCACCUUGA